AUGUACCAGAAAUCAAUCGCUCUGGUUCUCUUGCUAGUACAGCAUGGUGUCGGUUUGCCGGCACCUGACGGGUAUUCAGGUGUCACCAAUAACGGCGCUUAUGAUGUCUCCGAUGCAUCUCUAAAUGUCAACGUCGGUGGCAGCAUUGCCCGCCCGGCUCAAAAUGCGAUGGAACCCCCAAAUAUGGCUGCGAAUGGUGCUGCUCCAAACUACCAGGCGAAUCGACAGGGCCUAGCUUACGGGAAUACUAUCGAUACUAUGGGCCCUCAACAGGUCAUAACAUCAACAAUAGUGAUAACAUGGACCAAGGCUGGGGCUAGUUAUCCAACAAUGGCCCCAAACGGUGCUCAAGUUGGCACAAAUGGAUUUAUCGCUGCAAGUCCACCACAGGGACCCACAGUGGAGGCUUUUUCCGCAUCUAGUGCCCCUCUCAUCCCUACUAAUAACCACUACGAAGAUGCGAGUAUAUCAAGCUCCGGGUAUUCGACCUCGGGCUCCGCACAGGUUAAUCUAGUACCCGAGCCCUCAUCCCACGCAUCAGUUAUUGGAGAUCCUGCCCCACAGCCCGCACCGAGCACCUUUCCUCCCGACUCAGCUCCUUCGUCAAACGCCGCAGACGAGUCGUCCGACACCACGACAGACGACGACUUGAUUCCUCCUAUAACAAGGGCACCGCGCCUGCCAACAUUCACGGACGUACCACCCCGAUUCUCCACCAUAAGAAUUGAGUCUAUGGCAUCGAAAAAUGGCCUUCUACAAACCGCCCUAAAUGGCAUCCAGACCAUUCUCCCUGUGAUUGACGGACUGGGCUUGCUCGGGAUUGAGAGCGAGGGGACAUAUCUCAACUUGCCCGGCUUGCUUGAGGCGAUUGAUAUUCCCUGUCUUUUCCGCUGCAAUACUCCCCCUGCACCUGCAAGCCCUCAGCCGGGAGCAGUUCCUCAGGCCCCGGCCCCGGUACAAGCUCCACCAGUAGCGGUUCCACCAGCCGGUGGUGUUCCGGCCGGUGCUGGUGUAGUAGGGAGUGGUGCCGAAGCCGGUGCUGGUGCCGUUGGUGGUGGCCUUGUGGGUGGUGUUGCUGGUAGCGUUCCAGCCGCUGGUGGUGUAUUGGCUGGUGGUGCCGAAGCCGCUGGUAGCGCAUUGGGUAGUGGUGCUGAAGCUAUUGGUGGUUCAGUACUUCGUGCACCAGCUGAAGUUCCCCCAGUCCAAGUUCCACCAGCACAGGUAGGUGCCGUCCAAGCGCCUGAAGUUGCUGGUGGCCCGGCCAAUAAUCCUCUCUUGGGCUCUCCCGGCAGGAACCUUCUGAAAGGGUUAGAAGAUGGCAUCCAAAAUGGUUAUGAUCAGUCAGGUGGAUCGCCCGGCAUAAAUAAUGCACCCCAAUCUCUAGAUGGGCAGACUAAUGACGUGUUGAGCAAUGUGGGUCCACAGUCUGGAUCCGACUCUGCAGCGAACGCUCCAGUCAAUGGAAUGGAAAACAGUAAUUCCAAUGACAUGAUUGCCCCCCUGGCUGCGUCGAGUUCCGCUUCUCCACAGCCUGUUCAAAGUGGAUUAGAUAGCAGUACUGGAAACAUUAUGUACCCACCUCCUAUGCCGCCUACCCCCCCUCAAGCAAGCCAUGUCCAAGAUGGAUUACAGAGAGGUAUUAAUGACAAUAUAGCCUCAGCUGGAGGUCUAAACAAUGGGUACGGUAACAAUAUGGCUCCUCCAGAAGGCAGUAUAGCACCAAGCACUCCCCAGGCUAGUCCGCUCCAAAAUGGCCUUUUUACGGGGAUGGGGAAUAAUAUGCGACCGGCUGGCAACAUGGGGCAAGUUAUGCCUCCAUUAGCCCCUCCUGCGGCUGCGACAAUGAAUGGCUUCCUCAGUGGCGUCCAGGGGUCCCCAGCGUCGGUGCAAACGAUUCAACCAGAUGUGCCACACGGAGUGCCGAUGGGUGUGCCAGUGCAAAUGAACUCCGCCGCUAAUGGCCCGUUGAUCAACGCAGGAGCAUCCCCCAUAUACCGCGGGUCCAGCAGUAUGCCACUAUUCCCAAUACCAACGAUGGUAACAUCACCAAGCCUGAGUCCUUCAGUUACGCCUGGACCCUCGCCGACACCGACGCCGACACCAACACCCACCGCAGCAUCGACUAGUGAGCCUCCACCCGUUACCACGACGCAAUUCAAUGGUGAAGUCGUAUCCUGCGCCUCAGGAAAGUACCCCGACGAUGACCAUGAAGCAACCCCGGAGUGCGCUGGAGAAACCAAGGUGAUCUCCACUGUGGAAUCCAUCGCCUCUGCCUAUGCGGCCUCGGUGUCUGCCGAGGCAUCUGCUGCUGCAUCCAAGUCGGCUGCCGAGGCCGCAGAGGCCUCCUGGACUUCCGCCGCUGCAAAGCCAUCCGCCUCCUGUGACAUACUGGAUGACAAUGGACUUAACAAGGUUGUGUUCAGAAUUGCUGGUAUCAAUGGUUGGACUGAUGGGCAGUCAUUCUCGAAUGUACUGAAGAAGAGAUGCCACAAGAACAAUUUUUUCAUAAGUUUCCACAUCACUCAUUACUUGUUCUACGCCCAUGAAAAGUCAGAAUUUCAGGGCAGGCAGCGAGACACUGAGAAGGUUACGUUCACGAUGUCGGGCUUCAAGAACGGUUGUGUUGAGGAUGCGAUUGAGGAGGCCGGUGGACCAAAACAUGGUAAAGGUGAAGGUGAGCUUACAUGCCAACAUAAAAAGGAGGACAAGUUACCAUCGGAGAAUACCAAGGAUGCAAAGGAGGCGGGAGAGAACGUUGAAGAUCUUGUCUUUAUACCUUCGACAACUUAG